AUGGCUUUAGAGACAGGAAGCUUACCCACGGGGAAGCCGAAUCGGCAAAGAGCAGCGAGAGCGGAAGACGAGAAAAGCGAAAGGAACAACGGCCGUCGUUUUUCCUACGAGGAAGGCCGUCGUCAUGUGUCUGCGCUUCCAAAGGGAAGUUCGCCGAACAGGCCGACUCCUCUUCUUUUUCAUCGUUCUCUCCAUGCCGGCGUCCUUUUCGUGUUUUUCUCUCUCUUUGGCCUCUUCGUCUUUUCUUGCGCGGCAUCGCCUCGAGGGUCACCAGCGACCUCAUUUUAUUAUAGAGGGCGAGACUCCACGCCGAGCAAGCGAAGUCAAGGCCCUUCUUUGCCCGCUUGGGACCGCAAGAAGUUUUCGUCCAGCAUAAAAAAGGCCGUUAAACUCGCGUCUGUUACUUACCCACUAGAGUGGUUUUCUUCUCUGUCCUUCCCCCCUGUUGCAUUGUCUCCUCCUUCCUGUUGCGCAUCUCCCUGUUCUUCAGAUCUCCGUGCCUCCUCUCCGAAUCUGUCCUCUUUUAUGCCCUUUCCGCUCUCCUGCUUUACCCGUUUCGCUGCUGCGUCACGACAGCCUCCCCGUCUGCCCGGCGCCUCUCGCUCCUCUCCACUUUCUUUUCUUCUCACUCCGUUCUUAGCUCCGAUUUGGCGGAACCCGCGAGUCUCUCGACUCUCGUUGUUUCCCUGUAGACUUCACGCUGAGAGCAAACUCAAGGGAAGAAGCGGCCGAAGAGAAGCUCCUUCUCUUUUCGCGGACACCUCGCACUCAACACGCGCGGCGCGCUGGCGCGGCGCACGUGCCUUUUCUGCAUCUUCUCUGUCUGCUUUGCCCGCCUCGUUUCCCCCCUUCCCGGCGGCUCACCACGCCCCUCGUCCUUCUGAGGUUUGCUGGGCGUCUUCAUCGUUUCAUCUGUCUGAACCGUCGUGUCUGCAUUUUCUGUCCCUACGCUCCUCGGCGCCGUUCUGUCGCCUCUCUUCUCUCUCGUCUUCCCUCGCCCUGCCUCUUCGACGUUUUUCUCGUUUGCCUGGCUUCUCGCCGUCGCGCUGCCCGUUUUCGGCCCGUCGCUUCUCUCGUCUGUUUUCCUCUCCUCCCCACCCACCCGCCGCCGGUGCCUCCUCUCCUGACUCUGCUCCUUCUCCGGCUGCCUCGUCUGGUUCCGCUUCUUCGUCUCUCUCCUCUUCUUCCUCUCCCUCGCUGCCUCCAUCGUCGUCUCUUUCGUCCAGUCCCCAGCGGCUGCCCGUCUGCCCCGAGUUCGCGCUGCGCCGCGCCGCAGCGAGCCUGAGUGGCUGCUGGGGCAAGUUGCGCCGCGUCGACUGGGCUCGGGAGCCGGACUCACAACUGCAGAAGUCUGCAGCCUUCGCAGAUCUCGCGCGCCGAGGCGACGGACCCGGUGGAGGCGAAAACAUCUCCCGCGAGCGAUGCGAGCCGGACGAGACGCUCUGCGCCUCGCCGCCAGAGCCCACAGAGGGCGGAGACGGCAGCCACACAGAAGAUGACCAGCCGGAAGUCGCAGAAGAGAAGCACCAGGAGAAAACGGUUCACCGGCGACCGAGCUGCAGGGGCGCGGGGGUCUCCGUCAAGCGGCUGCUGAAGGAGCUGCGGGCGACAGUCGACCCGUGGGUCGUCGUCUCCUCCAUUUUGCUUUCGGUGCUCGUGACUUGCGCGUCGUUUCGUCGUUCCUUUUUGACUGGUCGUCUCUACGACCGCGCAGCCUCUUCGCUCGCUGCGGUUGCCUCAUCUGUCGCGCCGAGCGCGUCUUCCAGGGACCUCUUUCUCUCUUUUUCGCCGGAAGAAAACGAAGAGGCUGAGGACGAAGCGACCCAGGCCGAUGAAGAUACCUCCGGCCUCGUAUCGAGAAAGCUUCUCAGGCUUCUUGUUCCCUCAUUUGCUUCCUUGCGCGCUUCGCCGGCGUCUCCGUCUUCGAGCCCGACUGUCUCCGCUCAGCCGUCCUCUCUGGAUCCGGCCUCUGCAUCUGCUUCCAGUUCUUGCGCCUCCCCUGUGUGCUCGCCGGUGGAGGCGGCGCGGGGAGAGAGGCUGGGACUUGGCGAGCGCGCGCGGCAGUUCCUGGCCUUUGGAGACGUUCCCAGCCAACUGAAGCGAAUGAAGCAUCGCCUCCGCCCUGCUUCAGACGCCAGCGGAGACUCGCGGCUUCGAGCCGACCUCGAGGCCUCCAGGCAGCGCCAGAGACGCGCCUUCCUCGGCUUGCUUCCCCUUCUGGGCCGCGUCGCCGGCUUCACCUGCCUCGAACUCUGCGGAGGCGUCCUCAAAAACUUCCUCGCGUCGUUGACUCGGUGGCGUAUCGAAGUGAACAUGCGAAAACGUCUUUUUCGCAGCCUCAUACGACAAGAUAUCUCGUUCUUCGACAGCCAGUGCGUAGGAACGCUCGCGAGUCGCCUGAUCAAUGACACUGAAGACCUCCAGGCCAUUGUGAACAGCGGAGGGACGAAGCUGCUGACAGCAGCGCUGAACUGCCUCGGCGGAGUCUUCAUGAUGCUCACGACUGACCUGACCAUGUCGCUGGUCGGGCUCGCGGGCGUGCCUCUCUUCCUCGCAGCCACGGGGAACGCCUCCAAACUCUCUGGAUACUACGGUCUGUUGAUCAACGACUCGCUCGCCGAUGGCAACACAGUGGCGACAGAAGCCCUUGCGAAUAUUGAGGCUGUUCAGUCGAACUGCGCGGAGACAGUGGAAGUUGCGAAAUACGAGGCUGCACAGAACGCCUACCUGAAACUCGUGAGCAGGACGCUAUUUUCGGAGACUGUGCUGAACCAGACAAAGCAACUUUUCCUGCAUGCGGCUGAUCUUUCGCUGCUCGUCCUCGGCAUGUAUCGCGCGACCCGAGGCCAGGUGACGCUGGGGCGUUGCCUCGCCUUUCGCUCGUACCUGCGGAAGCUUUACUCUGGACUCGAUCGCCUCCUCGAGGUCUACGGCGACUGCCACUUUUCGCUGCGCGCCUCCGAGAGGUACUUCGACUUGGUCGAUCGCUGCCCGGCUGUGCGAGACGGCGCCGAAGCGGAGACCCGAGGCUCCCGCGCAGAGGCCUCACAAGUGGGGGAGGAGAGCAGGCAACAAGUGCCAGCGAGCGAGAGAGGGUCGGCGGGCGAGAGCGAGGAUGGAGGCGGCGCGCAGGGCGACUGCCUGGAAGAAGGGACGGGAGAGAACGAGGGCAGUGCACCGCCGCAAGACGCAGGACAGAGGAUCUCGGCGGACGCCGAAACGGGGAAUGGAACGCCGCCAGAAGAAGUGUUCGUCGAGUUCCGAAACGUUUCGCUUUCCUUCCCUGAAUCGGCGUUCGAGGCGGACGAAGACGCGCGGCCAGGACCAGAGGGAGACUCCGCGGCAGCACGCAGAAAGCCGGGACAGGUCCUGUCGGGCGUUUCUUUCCGAGUUCGGCGAGGGCAGCUCGUGGCGAUCGCCGGCCGGUCCGGCGCAGGCAAAUCGACGCUAGUCAAGCUGCUGCAUCGCUUCUACGAUCCGCAGGAGGGGUCGGUGUACCUGGAUGGCGUCGACAUUCGGACGUUGCCGCUGCAUGCGCUGCGCUCGCGCAUCGGUUUCGUUGAGCAAGAGCCGCUUUUACUUCGGCAGACGAUUGCGGAGAACAUUGCCUACGGACUGUACUCGCCUGCGGAGCGCGCUGCGUCUGACUCACGAGAUUUCUCUCCUUUCUCGCCAUCGCCGCGUGGCGAUUCCUGGUCGCCUACGGCGUCGGCGCUCUUGCGGCCUUUCUCUCUCUCUGAGCCUAAAUCCGCGACGGCGGAUGCUCAGCGUCGGCAGCGCGCGCGCGAGUCGGGAGAGUCGGCGGAGGAAGACGAAAACAUGAGAGAGAUUCUCAGCGCACACGAGGCAGCCUCUUGGCCGAAGGAGCUCCUCAAGAAGACCGUUCUCGCCGCGAAAGUCGCCCAUGCGGAUGAGUUCAUCCGCCGUCUGCCGCAGGGCUACUUCACGCUCUGCGGCGAAGGCGCUCCUGCGAGGCUUUCCGGCGGCCAGAAACAGCGAAUAGCAAUCGCGAGAGCGCUCUGUCGCGAUCCCGACGUCUUUGUGUUCGACGAAGCGACAAGCUGCCUAGACUCCGCGACGGAGGCUGCAGUCGAGGCGACGCUGGAGCUUCUUCGGAAGCAGAAGAAGACGAUAUUUGUCAUUGCACACAAGCUCUCUACGACACGGAAGGCAGACUACCUCCUCGUCUUAGACAAGGGGCAAGUCGUCGAGCACGGGCACCCAGAGGAGAUUCUGAGACGACCCAGCUCCAGAUACGCAGAGCUCUUCGGCGACCGAAAAUGUGAAGAAACGUGCUAG